AUGGACGGGUCUGUGUUGUUCUUCCAGUUCUCAGGAAAAGCAGUAUCCUCGCGUUGGCGCCUACACUACAGCAUUCCAAUGGCUGUCCCGAGCCUCAGCACCGUCUUGACUAAUGCAAACUUCACCAUGUACCAGAACGGCAUGACAGACCUGCUCACACACAUCACCAGCCCUGUCCCGGAGCAGCAGUACGAGCGGAUCAGCCCUUUCUGCUGGACACGUGACGACGUUCUGGAGUGGAUCAGUGAAAACAUGGAGGGCACAAACUUCGACGCUCGCUCCAUCAACCUGGCCUGGUCCCUGGACGGCCCCAGUCUGUGCCGUAUGUCCCAGGCCGACAUCAUGAGGCUUUUUGGCCCCCAGCUUGGACAUCACCUGUACCAAAAUCUACUCAAGCAUAAGGCCAAGCCAGAGUUCCAGUCCCUGCCUGAAUCAGAUAUGAAUGAGAACUUGUGUGAGCUUCUGGACAACUUCCUCUUCGGACUGAAUUCUGAAAUGAGAUUUCCCCUGCUCAGCACCAUCACACUCGGCCAACAGAAUGAAGGCCCCUCUGUCAAAAAGGAGGAGUUCUGUGACAAUGACUUUGACCUGAGACUCGGCCUGGAGCAGCUGACUACUCUCAGCGACACAGUCUACUAUUCUGAGAACUCGGACAGCGAACUGAGCUCGUCGUCCAACAGCUGUGUGUUCUCUGGUUUACGCACACCAGAAUCCACGAGCGGAGAGUCUGACUGGGAGUCGUACCCUUCCAAUAAACAAAUUAAAACAGAGAUGAAAGAUGAGGAAUACUGUCAGAGGAGACCACGUGGGCGGCCUCCUAAAGGCAGCAGAGACCACAACCGUUCAUUCACCACCCCCAAGAAGAGCAAGCAUGCUCCACGUGGCUCUCACCUGUGGGAGUUCAUCAGAGACAUCUUGGUCCACCCAGAGAAGAACCCCGGCCUGCUGAAGUGGGAGGACCGCAGGGAGGGGGUCUUCAAGUUCCUCAAGUCCGAGGCCGUGGCCCAGAUGUGGGGCCAGAGGAAAAAGAAUAGCAGCAUGACCUAUGAGAAGCUGAGCCGCGCCAUGAGGUACUAUUACAAGCGGAACAUCCUGGAGCGUGUGGACGGCAGGAGGCUGGUCUACAAGUUUGGGAGGAACGCCAGCGGCUGGAGACUGAGCGAGGUGUCACCGGUCAUGUGA